UGCGGCAACGCCUUCCAGCCGCCGCCGGCCCGGGCUCCCAGCGUUCCCCGGGAGACGCCGCCCGAGGCAGAUGCAGAGCGGAGGCCCCAAACCCCGACCUGCCAGUGCCAGGGUCGCCCUCUCGGCACAGCCCUGCAGGCAGGACCGGGGCGGACCAGCGCCCAGACGCGCCAGCCCAGGCCGGAAGAAGCCUCAAGCUGCCGCUGUAACCCGAGCGCGGGCGGGGGGGGGGGGGCCGGCCUGCCUCCCGCCAUAGCGAGCCGCGCCGCCUCGCUCUCUUCCCCGCCGGAGCGGGCACGGCACGGCACCGCGCCGCGCCACAACCCCACCCCCACCCCUUCUCUCAGGAGCACGUGGUCUCUACGUACUUCACGUUCGACGUACUCGCGCUUUACGGACUAGCUGGCCCAAUCCGCUACGACCUUACAGACACACCGCCGAUAGGCCUCCCACGCGCCAGUAAGCGCGCGCCUUACAUCGCGGUCGGUCAGUCAUCGCCCCGCCCAACCCGGCGCGGCGCAAGGAGGAGGGGAGGGAGAAAGGAGAAGGGGCCGCUGGAAGUUAAGAUGGCGGCGCGUGUGUGAGUGCGGCGCGGAGCGAGUCUCUUCCUGACGCUGCCGUCGCGGGCCCCCGCACCCCGCUCCGCGUCGCGUCGCUGCGGCGAGGGAAGGACUCUGCCUGCGGGUGCGAGCGCCCCCGCCGCCCCGGGGGAGACGCCGAGUUCCUCCCCCCACCCCCAUUGUGUGCCCGGCCUCUGCGGGGGGAGCGCAACAUGACAUCGAUCCACUUCGUGGUGCACCCGCUGCCGGGCACCGAGGACCAGCUUAAUGACCGGUUAAGGGAAGUUUCAGAGAAGCUGAACAAAUACAAUUUAAAUAGCCACCCUCCUUUGAAUGUAUUGGAACAGGCUACUAUUAAACAGUGUGUGGUGGGACCAAAUCAUGCUGCAUUUCUUCUUGAGGACGGUAGAGUCUGCAGGAUUGGCUUUUCAGUUCAGCCAGACAGACUGGAAUUGGGUAAACCUGACAAUAAUGAUGGUUCAAAGUUGAGCAGUGGCUCAGGGGCAGGAAGGACAUCCAGGCCAGGCAGGACUAGUGACUCCCCAUGGUUUCUGUCUGGUUCUGAAACUUUGGGCAGACUGGCAGGCAACACCCUUGGAAGCCGCUGGAGUUCAGGGGUUGGUGGAAGUGGAGGAGGAUCCUCUGGUAGAUCAUCAGCUGGAGCUCGGGAUUCCCGAAGGCAAACCAGAGUUAUUCGCACUGGACGUGAUAGAGGAUCUGGACUGUUGGGUAGUCAGCCACAGCCAGUGAUUCCAGCAUCAGUAAUUCCAGAGGAACUCAUUUCACAGGCACAAGUUGUUUUACAAGGAAAAUCCAGAAGUGUCAUUAUACGAGAACUCCAGCGGACAAAUCUUGACGUAAAUCUUGCUGUAAAUAAUUUGCUGAGCCGUGAUGAUGAAGAUGGAGAUGAUGGAGAUGACACAGCAAGUGAAUCAUAUCUACCUGGAGAGGAUCUUAUGUCUCUUCUGGAUGCUGACAUACAUUCUGCUCACCCAAGUGUCAUUAUUGAUGCUGAUGCUAUGUUUUCAGAAGAUAUUAGUUACUUUGGUUAUCCAUCCUUUCGGCGUUCAUCACUUUCCAGGCUAGGCUCAUCCCGAGUUCUCCUUCUUCCCUUAGAGAGAGACUCUGAGCUGUUGCGUGAACGUGAGUCCGUUUUACGUUUGCGUGAACGAAGGUGGCUUGAUGGAGCCUCAUUUGAUAAUGAAAGGGGCUCUACAAGCAAGGAAGGGGAGCCGAACCUGGAUAAGAAGAAUACACCUGUUCAAAGCCCAGUCUCGUUAGGAGAAGAUUUGCAAUGGUGGCCAGAUAAGGAUGGAACAAAGUUUAUUUCUGUUGGAGCUCUGUAUUCUGAGCUUGUGGCAGUUAGCAGUAAAGGGGAACUUUAUCAGUGGAAAUGGAGUGAAUCAGAGCCUUAUAGAAAUGCACAGAAUCCUUCAUUACAUCAUCCACGAGCAAUGUUUUUGGGGUUAACCAAUGAAAAGAUAGUGCUCCUUUCUGCAAAUAGUAUCAGAGCAACUUUAGCCACAGAAAAUAACAAGGUUGCUACCUGGGUGGAUGAAACUUUAAGCUCGGUAGCUUCUAAAUUGGAACACACUGCACAAACUUACUCGGAGCUGCAGGGAGAACGGAUAGUUUCACUACAUUGUUGUGCUCUUUAUACCUGUGCUCAGCUAGAGAACAACUUGUACUGGUGGGGAGUAGUUCCUUUUAGCCAAAGGAAGAAGAUGCUAGAAAAGGCCAGAGCAAAAAAUAAAAAGCCCAAGUCUAGUGCUGGCAUCUCUUCAAUGCCAAAUAUCACAGUUGGCACGCAAGUAUGCCUGAGAAAUAAUCCCCUUUAUCAUGCUGGAGCCGUGGCUUUUUCAAUUAGUGCUGGAAUUCCUAAAGUGGGUGUCUUAAUGGAAUCGGUUUGGAAUAUGAACGAUAGCUGUAGGUUCCAGCUUCGAUCACCAGAGAGCUUGAAAAACAUGGAGAAAGCUAGCAAAACUACUGAGGCAAAGCCUGAAAGCAAACAGGAACCAGUGAAAACUGAAAUGGGUCCACCGCCAUCCCCAGCUUCUACGUGUAGUGAUGCAUCUUCAAUUGCAAGCAGCGCAUCAAUGCCAUACAAACGACGACGGUCUACUCCUGCGCCGAAGGAAGAAGAGAAAGUGAAUGAAGAGCAAUGGUCUCUUCGGGAAGUCGUGUUUGUAGAAGAUGUUAAGAACGUUCCUGUUGGCAAGGUACUAAAAGUGGAUGGUGCCUAUGUUGCAGUGAAAUUUCCAGGCACAUCUAGUAAUGCAAACUGUCAGAGCACUUCUGGUUCAGAUCCUGAUCCUUCUUCCCUUCUCCAAGAUUGUAGGCUGCUCAGAAUAGAUGAACUCCAGGUAGUCAAAACUGGCGGGACUCCAAAAGUUCCAGACUGCUUCCAAAGGACUCCUAAAAAGCUGUGUAUUCCUGAAAAAACAGAGAUUCUAGCAGUGAAUGUAGAUUCAAAAGGAGUGCAUGCUGUCCUGAAGACUGGGAACUGGGUUCGAUACUGCAUAUUUGACCUUGCUACAGGGAAAGCUGAGCAAGAAAAUAACUUCCCCACUAGCAGCAUUGCUUUCCUGGGUCAGAAUGAGAGAAGCGUUGCCAUUUUUACAGCUGGACAGGAAUCUCCUAUUAUUCUUAGAGAUGGAAAUGGAACUAUCUAUCCAAUGGCAAAAGAUUGCAUGGGUGGAAUAAGGGAUCCCGACUGGCUUGAUCUUCCACCUAUUAGUAGUCUUGGAAUGGGUGUUCAUUCCUUAACAAAUCUUCCUGCUAAUUCAACCAUCAAAAAGAAAGCUGCUAUUAUCAUCAUGGCUGUUGAGAAACAAACUUUAAUGCAGCAUAUUCUCCGAUGUGACUAUGAGGCCUGCAGACAAUACCUGAUGAAUCUUGAACAAGCUGUUGUCUUGGAUCAGAAUCUACAAAUGCUGCAGACGUUCCUCAGCCACAGAUGUGAUGGAAAUCGUAAUAUUCUACAUGCUUGUGUAUCUGUAUGCUUCCCAACCAGUAACAAAGAAACUAAAGAGGAAGAGGGGCUACUUCAUUCAGUGCACAAGAUGGACAGUGCUCACCAAAUGGAAGCAGAGCGCUCUGAAAGGAAUACAUUUGCUGAAAGGCUUUCUGCAGUUGAGGCUAUUGCAAAUGCAAUCUCAGUAGUAUCAAGCAAUGGUCCAGGAAAUCGGGCAGGAUCAUCAAGCAGCAGAAGUUUGAGAUUAAGGGAAAUGAUGAGAAGAUCCUUGCGAGCUGCUGGAUUAGGUAGACAUGAAGCUGGAGCUUCAUCUAGUGAUCAUCAGGACCCAGUUUCUCCACCAAUAGCUCCUCCCAGCUGGGUUCCUGAUCCUCCUGCAAUGGAUCCUGAUGGUGACAUUGAUUUUAUCCUGGCCCCCGCUGUGGGAUCUCUUACCACAGCAGCGACUGGCACUGGCCCAGGACCUAGCACCUCCACCAUACCAGGUCCUUCUACCGAACCAUCUGUAGUAGAAUCAAAGGAUCGGAAGGCAAAUGCUCAUUUUAUACUGAAAUUGUUAUGUGAUAGUGUGGUUUUACAACCUUAUCUUCGAGAACUACUAUCAGCCAAAGAUGCAAGAGGUAUGACACCAUUUAUGUCUGCUGUUAGUGGCAGAGCAUACCCUGCUGCAAUUACCAUUCUGGAAACUGCACAGAAAAUUGCCAAAGCUGAGACAACUUCUAGUGAAAAAGAGGAAGAUGUGUUCAUGGGAAUGGUUUGCCCAUCUGGCACAAACCCAGAUGAUUCUCCUUUAUAUGUUUUGUGUUGUAAUGAUACAUGCAGCUUUACGUGGACUGGAGCAGAGCACAUUAAUCAGGAUAUUUUUGAAUGCCGAACAUGUGGCUUACUGGAAUCUCUUUGUUGUUGCACAGAAUGUGCAAGGGUUUGUCACAAAGGUCAUGAUUGCAAGCUCAAGCGAACAUCCCCAACAGCCUACUGUGAUUGCUGGGAAAAAUGCAAGUGUAAAACACUAAUUGCAGGUCAGAAGUCUGCUCGUCUUGAUCUACUUUACAGACUGCUUACCACUACAAAUCUGGUCACAAUGCCAAAUAGCAGGGGGGAACAUCUUCUAUUAUUUUUAGUACAGACAGUUGCCAGGCAAACUGUAGAACACUGCCAGUACAGACCACCUAGAAUUAGGGAAGAUCGUAAUCGUAAAACUGCAAAUCCUGAAGAUUCUGAUAUGCCUGAUCACGAUUUAGAACCUCCACGAUUUGCUCAGCUUGCUUUGGAACGUGUUUUACAAGACUGGAAUGCGUUGAAAUCUAUGAUCAUGUUUGGCUCCCAGGAGAAUAAAGACCCUCUUAGUGCAAGCAGUAGAAUAGGUCAUCUUUUGCCUGAAGAACAAGUUUACCUUAAUCAGCAAAGUGGUACAAUUCGGUUGGACUGUUUUACACAUUGCCUUAUUGUCAAGUGCACAGCAGACAUUUUGCUUUUAGAUACUUUGUUGGGUACCCUUGUAAAGGAACUACAAAAUAAAUACACUCCAGGGCGUAGAGAAGAAGCUAUUGCCGUUACAAUGAGAUUUCUGCGUUCUGUGGCAAGAGUUUUUGUUAUUCUUAGUGUGGAAAUGGCUUCAUCCAAAAAGAAAAACAACUUUAUUCCACAACCAAUUGGAAAAUGUAAACGUGUAUUCCAAGCACUGUUACCCUAUGCUGUGGAGGAGUUGUGUAAUGUAGCAGAAUCCCUAAUUAUUCCAGUCAGGAUGGGUAUUGCGCGUCCUACUGCACCAUUUACUCUUGCUAGCACUAGUAUAGAUGCCAUGCAAGGCAGUGAAGAACUAUUCUCUGUGGAGCCUCUACCACCAAGACCAUCAUCUGAUCAAUCUAGCAGUUCCAGUCAGUCUCAGUCCUCCUACAUUAUAAGGAAUCCUCAGCAGAGACGGAUCAGCCAGUCACAGCCAGUUCGUGGUAGAGAUGAAGAGCAAGAUGAUAUUGUAUCAGCAGACGUGGAAGAGGUUGAAGUGGUUGAGGGAGUAGCUGGAGAAGAAGACCACCAUGAUGAACAAGAAGAACAUGGAGAAGAAAAUGCUGAAGCAGAAGGACAACAUGAUGAGCAUGAUGAAGAUGGCAGUGACAUGGAGUUGGAUCUACUAGCAGCGGCUGAAACAGAAAGUGACAGUGAGAGUAACCACAGCAACCAGGAUAAUGCUAGUGGGCGUAGAAGUGUUGUCACUGCAGCUACUGCGGGAUCAGAAGCAGGUGCUAGCAGUGUUCCAGCAUUUUUUUCUGAGGAUGAUUCUCAAUCAAAUGACUCCAGUGAUUCAGACAGCAGCAGUAGCCAGAGCGAUGACAUAGAGCAGGAGACCUUCAUGCUUGAUGAGCCCCUAGAGCGAACCACAAACAGCUCUCAUGCCAAUGGUGCUGCCCAAGCUCCCCGUUCAAUGCAGUGGGCUGUACGCAACACCCAGAAUCAGAGAACAACUAGCACGGCUCCAUCAAGUACAUCUGCCCCAGCAGCAAGUUCCGCAGGUUUGAUUUAUAUUGAUCCAUCAAACUUACGUCGAAGUGGCACCAUCAGCACAAGUGCUGCAGCAGCAGCGGCAGCUUUAGAAGCUAGCAAUGCAAGCAGCUAUUUAACAUCUGCAAGCAGCUUAGCGAGGGCAUACAGUAUUGUGAUCCGACAGAUAUCUGAUUUGAUGGGUUUGAUUCCCAAAUACAAUCAUCUGGUAUACUCCCAGAUCCCCGCUGCAGUGAAACUGACUUAUCAGGAUGCAGUAAACUUGCAGAACUAUGUAGAGGAAAAGCUUAUUCCCACUUGGAAUUGGAUGGUUAGCAUCAUGGACUCCACUGAAGCUCAACUGCGUUAUGGUUCUGCACUAGCAUCUGCUGGUGACCCUGGACAUCCAAACCAUCCCCUGCAUGCUUCUCAGAACUCAACGAGAAGGGAGAGGAUGACAGCACGUGAGGAGGCUAGUUUAAGAACACUUGAGGGUAGAAGGCGUGCAACUUUGCUCAGUGCCCGUCAAGGAAUGAUGUCGGCACGUGGAGACUUUCUAAACUAUGCUCUCUCUCUGAUGCGUUCUCACAAUGAUGAGCACUCAGAUGUUCUUCCUGUUCUGGAUGUCUGCUCACUGAAGCACGUAGCAUAUGUUUUUCAGGCCCUAAUUUAUUGGAUUAAAGCAAUGAACCAACAGACAACACUGGACACUCCUCAGCUGGAACGGAAAAGGACUCGGGAGCUCUUGGAACUGGGUCUUGACAAUGAAGAUUCAGAACAUGAAAAUGAUGAUGACACAAAUCAAAGUGCUACACUUAAUGACAAGGAUGAUGACUCCCUCCCAGCAGAAACUGGCCAAAACCAUCCAUUCUUCCGACGGUCAGAUUCCAUGACGUUCCUUGGUUGUAUUCCACCCAAUCCAUUUGAAGUUCCUCUGGCAGAAGCCAUCCCCCUGGCAGACCAACCACAUCUUCUACAGCAUGCUUCUGUUAAUUUUCAGCCAAAUGCUAGAAAAGAAGAUUUAUUUGGCCGUCCAAGUCAGGGUUUAUAUUCAUCCUCUGCCAACACUGGGAAGUGCUUAAUGGAAGUGACAGUGGAUAGAAACUGCCUUGAGGUUCUUCCGACCAAAAUGUCUUACGCAGCCAAUUUAAAAAAUGUUAUGAGCAUGCAAAAUCGGCAAAAGAAGGAAGGAGAGGAACAAAAUGUGCCAACAGAAGAAUCUGAAACUUCAAAACCAGGGCCUUCAGCUCAUGAUCUUGCAGCACAGUUGAAAAGUAGCUUGCUGGCGGAGAUAGGACUGACAGAGAGUGAAGGGCCACCUCUUACAUCAUUCAGGCCCCAGUGUAGUUUCAUGGGAAUGGUUAUUUCUCAUGAUAUGUUGCUAGGACGCUGGCGCCUUUCUUUAGAACUGUUUGGCAGAGUGUUCAUGGAAGAUGUUGGAGCAGAGCCUGGAUCGAUCUUGACUGAAUUAGGUGGCUUUGAAGUAAAAGAAUCAAAAUUCCGCAGAGAAAUGGAAAAACUUAGAAACCAGCAAUCCAGGGAUUUAACAUUGGAGGUUGAUCGAGAUAGAGAUCUUCUAAUUCAGCAGACGAUGAGGCAGCUCAACAAUCAUUUUGGUCGCAGAUGUGCUACAACUCCAAUGGCUGUUCACAGAGUAAAAGUUACGUUUAAGGAUGAGCCAGGAGAAGGCAGUGGUGUGGCACGAAGUUUUUAUACUGCCAUCGCACAGGCUUUUCUAUCAAAUGAGAAACUGCCAAACUUAGACUGCAUCCAGAAUGCCAACAAGGGUACCCAUACAAGUCUGAUGCAGAGAUUGCGAAAUAGAGGGGAGAGAGAUCGAGAGAGGGAGCGUGAAAGGGAAAUGAGGAGGAGUAGUGGCUUACGAGCUGGUUCUCGAAGAGACAGGGAUAGGGACUUUAGAAGACAACUUUCCAUUGACACAAGGCCCUUUAGACCAGCCUCAGAAGGGAAUCCUAGUGAUGAUCCUGAUCCUCUUCCAGCACAUCGACAGGCCCUUGGAGAAAGGCUUUACCCUCGUGUACAAGCAAUGCAACCAGCAUUUGCAAGCAAAAUCACAGGUAUGCUACUGGAGUUGUCUCCUGCUCAGCUGCUUCUGUUACUAGCAAGCGAAGAUUCCCUUAGAGCAAGAGUUGAUGAGGCUAUGGAACUCAUUAUUGCACAUGGAAGGGAAAAUGGAGCUGACAGUAUCCUGGAUCUUGGGUUGCUAGACUCCUCAGAUAAGGUACAGGAAAAUAGAAAGCGACAUGGCUCCAGUCGCAGUGUGGUGGACAUGGAAUUGGAUGAUACAGAUGAUGGUGAUGAUAAUGCACCACUUUUCUACCAACCUGGGAAACGAGGUUUUUAUACGCCAAGGCCUGGCAAAAACACAGAGGCAAGGCUGAACUGUUUCAGAAACAUUGGCAGAAUUCUAGGGUUGUGCUUACUGCAGAAUGAACUAUGUCCCAUCACAUUAAACCGACACGUUAUCAAAGUUCUUCUGGGCAGAAAAGUGAACUGGCAUGACUUUGCUUUUUUUGAUCCGGUUAUGUAUGAGAGCUUGCGGCAACUUAUCCUAGCCUCCCAGAGCACGGAUGCUGAUGCUGUUUUUGCAGCAAUGGAUUUAGCAUUUGCAAUAGACCUGUGCAAGGAGGAGGGUGGAGGGCAGGUUGAACUUAUCUCCAAUGGUGUAAAUAUACCAGUAACCCCUCAGAAUGUUUAUGAAUAUGUCCGGAAAUAUGCAGAACACAGAAUGUUGGUAGUAGCAGAACAACCUCUACAUGCAAUGAGGAAAGGUCUGCUGGAUGUGCUUCCAAAGAAUUCAUUAGAAGACUUGACAGCAGAAGAUUUCAGGCUUUUGGUAAACGGCUGUGGUGAAGUAAACGUGCAAAUGCUGAUCAGCUUUACCUCUUUCAAUGAUGAGUCAGGAGAAAAUGCUGAGAAGCUUUUGCAGUUCAAGCGUUGGUUUUGGUCCAUAGUUGAGAAGAUGAGUAUGACAGAAAGACAAGAUCUAGUUUACUUUUGGACAUCAAGCCCAUCAUUGCCUGCCAGUGAGGAGGGAUUCCAGCCCAUGCCAUCCAUCACAAUAAGACCACCAGAUGACCAACAUCUUCCUACAGCAAAUACUUGCAUUUCUCGCCUUUAUGUCCCACUCUAUUCCUCUAAACAGAUUCUGAAACAGAAAUUGUUACUCGCCAUUAAGACCAAGAAUUUUGGUUUUGUGUAGAGUAUAAAAAGUGUGUAUUGCUGUGUAAUAUUACUAGCUAAGUUUUGUAGAUUUUUCCAUUUGUCUAUAAAAGUUUAUGAAAGUUAAUGCUGUCAUACCCCUGGUGGUACUUUGAUUAAAUGCAAACAUUCCUGUACUAAGUUUGUAACCUACAGGCCUAAGGAGCACUAGCAAUGUUUGACUGUAACAGUUCGCUAGUCAAUAACUUCUUGGCCUAACCCCAGCCAAAGAUGACAGCAGAACAAUAUAAUUUACACUGUGAUUUAUCUUUUUGCUGAGGGAAAAUAUGUAAAAUGUUCAGAAAAUUCACUGCUGCCUUUGUGAAAAGUUUCAGCAAAGGCUCUUGUAUAGAGGGAGUAGGGAAUUUCAAAAUAAAAAAUUAAGUAUGUUCUGUGUUUUAUUUUAACUUUUUUUUAUGGUGUUUAAUUUGUGGUUGGCUGCAGUUGUGUAUCAUGUAUAUUGAACUUGUAAAAAGUUCUUCACAGUUCAGAUCCAAGAGUUGGAAUCAUUCACUUUUACUUAUGAAACCACUUUCAUUGCAAUUUCUGUUCUGAUUGCAUUGAACUCUGGCACAUUAGAUCCCAUCACUAAUAUUUUGCAUGUAAUCUGUACCUUUAGUGAGGUUUUUUGUACAUAUGAUGAGGCCAAUGCACAUUAUUUCAUAGUUCACAAUCAACAUUUUUGUAUCCCUGUUUCAGUAAGCAGACAGUCAGGAGAUUGUUCCACUUCCAGUUAUAACCAGACACUUGAACUGCGGUAUCUCAACUGUGUAAACUCAGCCUGGGCACUUUCUGGUAACUGUAAAAUGUUUAUAAGAUCAUGAUUAUUGAAGAUACAUUUUGGAAAAUUUUAAUGUUCGUGAGCAGCUUAACUACUUUUGUAUCUAGCCUUUUUUAAGUAUCUUGUUACAGUUUUUUAAUAAAGAAAUUAUAGACAAAAUACCAAGUCAUAUUGAAGACACAAUAGUUUUUAUUUAUGUAACUCUGAAUAUUUUAGUUUAACAGCCUACACCAGACACAGUUGUCCAUUAAAAAAAUCUCAAUUUCUGAACUGAAAAAUUGAUCUGCAUCUGCACUAUAUAAUAAACAAGAAAUAAAUAAAUAAAUAAAUAAUGGAAGCAGUUCAGCCCACAUUUUACAGUUAGCAGAGAAUCCUGAAUAGAGCGAGCCAGGCAAUCCCUUCUCUUCACAAAAAUGCAGAAUUUAAGGGAAAGUUUCUCCCUAAUAAUCAAAAUGGAUUAUGAUGGAAUAAAUCUGCAGAUUCAUUGUAGUGGGACCUACGGUAUGUCCAAUCUUUUUUUAAUAAAGCGAUUAUUGAUCUUACAAGGGUAGUUUUUGAACAUACAGUAGCCUAGUACUUUUGUCAUUAAAUUCUUAGUGCUUUAAUGAUUUCCAUUAUAAAUGUUGGAAGGCUAUUAGUAAAGAAAGGAGCAACUUUGGCUGCCCUUGCUAUCAAAUUCUGAUGCUUAUUAAGACUUAAUAGAAUAGACUGAUGAUGAUGGGUUUUGAUGAGACUUUGUUCUCCUACUUUUCCCUGCACUCUGAGACUCCAUAUUGCAAUGACCUUUUCUUGCUGAGGGGUGCUAAACUGGUUUUCCACCAAAAUUGGUUAAUGCCACUUUGAGUGCCAAGCGGAGGUGGAUGGCCAAAAGUGACCUAAACUCCUUCCUUUUUCCAUCCUACCUAAAAAUGCAGCAUCCUGCUUCUGUAGCACCUCUAAAUCUUGCAUGCAUGGAGGAGGACUUGGGACCAUAACUCUGAUCACCAUGUGUGCCACUUUGACUCUGAAAAUUGUUUUAUAAGACUAACUCUUCUAGACUUGCUUAGUUAAACUGCAGAUGCACCAAUAUGCAGUAGAAAUAUUUCCACAUGUAUUAAUGAAAUAAUAGCAUUCCCAAGAACAGCCCUCAUAGUCAUGGGGGAGGUUUCAAGUGGUUAGGUAAUGGGGACUGGGAGUCUGGUAUUUUGGAUUCCAUUCCUGAAUCUGCCACUGUGACUUUCAGCAAGUUAUUUUAGACAAACCCUCAGCUCAAAGACUUAAACACAUGCUGUACUGCUUUUACUAGAGUCGUGUAUAGUUAAAGCAGUACAACCUCCCUGAUGUGGGUGCAGUUAUAUAUUGGUAUAAAGGUGCUUUAUACCAGUAUAGCUAUUCCUGCAUGGGAAGAGACUACACUAUAUAGGUAUAAGGCACCUUUAUACCAGUAUAACUGUCCACGCUAGGGGUUGUACCAGUAUAAAUACUUCAGUAAAAAAAAAUCAGUCCUAACUGAAAUAGUUCAUAUUGGUACAAAAACUGUAGAUCAGGCCUCAGAUUCACAGUCCAUAAAAUAAAGAAGCUGCCUCCCUCACAAAAGCUUUGUGAGGCUUAAUGAUGUAAAACUCAUCCAAGAUCCUCUGAUCAAAGGCCGUAUGUAAGUGUAAAGUAUUGUGUAUAUAUGUAUUGUGUGUAUAUGUAUAAAAAUGUAUGUGUAUGUAUAACAUAUAAAUAUAUGUUAUAUGUAUAUAUAUUUCUGUAUAUAGCAUAAACAUUUUUUUAAAACCUGUACUGUAUAGCUAGGCAGAAACUACACAGGUAACUAGUCUUAUACAGUAGUUCACCAUAUAUACACAACCAAGGCACUCUGAUAACAUAAGCAGAGGGAUAAGCCAGAAUAAUUUAUGUUGCCAUCAUUGACUUGAAAUGUGUAUGUUGCUUUAUAAAAUAGCUUUUCUCUGUAUGGUAUAUUUAAGCAAUAUCAAGGUUUUUAAUAAGAAAAAUGUUAAUUAAAAUCAUACACCUUGUUUCCCUUUGA